AUGGCAGGAGAAGUAACAGGAUCAAAAAAAAUUACUAAAAGUAGAUUAUUGGAGGAAGAAGCUGAAAAAUAAGAUACUGAUUAUAAUACUUCAACCAAUUUCUAUAAAUUUUCAAUGACCAGAUUUAUUGAUAAUCCAUUUUAUGCAGAUCAAAACUUUCCUAAAAAUAGUAGUGGAUAUUAAGCAGUAGAUCCAAAAUUAAUCGCAGAAACUUAAUCUAAUAUUAGUAAAGCAAAUUCUUAAAUGAAAUUUAAGUUUCCAACUACAAAAAAAUUAGAAAACAAUACAUCAAUUAAAUGUAUAACAGAAGUUAAAAGUGGAGAAUGGGAUGCUGAUGUUUGUAGUACAGUUGAAAAUAAUGGAGAGACUACAUGUUAAUGUGAAUCUUUAAAUCCAACUUCUGUGAUGGAAUCCUUGAAUCUUAUUGCUGAUAAAGCAGCUUAAGUAUUUUCCUUGGAUACUCUAUUGGCAUUUGGAUCAUUUCCAUUUUAUAAGACCAUAGUUUUUUAUUUCUAUAUUGGAAUCACAGGUAUUUAUAUAUGGGUUGUCUAUUGGGGAGUUAAAGUUGAUAACGAAAUGUUUGCAAAAAUUCAUGCUGCAUAAGAAUUAGCAGAAUAAAAAUUAAAAGAAGAAAAACUUAAAUUAGAGAAUAUUGAAAAUGACCCAGAAAAUAAAGAAUAGAAUAAAGAAAUUACAGAAAACAAAUAGGAAUCUCAUUCUUUCAGACAGCUUGAAGAAAUAAAAGAUAAUGAUACUCCUCAGAUUGAAGCCUUACCAAAUUUAGAAAAAAAUAUCUUUAGAAAUCCUAAAUCGUUUGAUAGAGUUAUACUUGAGAACAAACUCUCGAUGAUUAAUUCUCCAUAAGAAUUCCUAAUUAAUCAAACUCCUGAUUCUAAACUUGAUAUCAACAUUGUCAUACCUAAAGGAUCAGGAACUGACCUCCUAUUGCAAAGACAAUGUUCUAUAAAAAAUGAUAAUAGAGUUCAAUCUUCAGAAAAUCUUAAAAAUGUUGAAGAUUCAGAAAAAUAGGAGAAUGAUAAGAGGAAGGAAACAGAAGGAAAUUAAAAUGAGAAGGAUAAACCAAAAGGAUUAAAGGAUUUAACAAUAAAGAAUUCUAUCUCUAGAAUUAAAGCCUAUAUUGAAUACCUUAAGUUUUUCCAUCAACUAUUAUAGAUAAUAUAUAAAUCAGAUUAAAAGAAACCUAGAGGCUUGAGAGCUUCAAUUGUUUACACAAGUAUUUUGGGUAGUUUGGCUGUGCUAUUUGUAUUUAAUCAGCCAAAUAAUCUUAGUUUUACAGUCGCUUUAGCUUUAUUAACUGCUCCUAUUAAUAAAAUUUAUUAGAUUAUUCUUGAAAAAACAUUAUCACAUAAAAAGAAGAUAGUUAGAUCAAUUGGAGCUGUUUUUAUGAUAAUAAGUGCUGGUCUCAUUUCUUAUGUUAUGUUGGCAGGCUUGGUAAUGAUGGAUUCAGUGGAAACUGCUAAUUAAUGGAGCUAUAUCUUUGUAGGAACCUUUACAAUGGAUAAUUUAUUUUAUUGUCCAAUUUCUUUAAUUUUCUAAUAUGUAGUUCAUAUGGAAUUCAUUAGGCUGCCAAUUUUCUAAAAGUUGCUCGAUAAGAUACUUGACGAAAAGGCUAAGGAAUUUUUGUAUGGUUUAAUUGAUAAUUUAGGAGGAGAGGAAUGA